GUAGAGUGUUUAGCAACAUUUUAAAAACAUUAACAAGAUAUUCAACAUUUUUGCGUGUGCACAUUAUUUUAUCUACAUCAUUUGGAUUAUGUGGCGAGUUUUUUGUGGCCUAACAUAUGUGUCAUCACUUUUAACUAGUUCACGAGUUUCCUGACCACCGGCACCAGGCAGUAGUGGCACUCAUUGCUAGCUAGCUGUAGCUGCUAGCAAUGAGCUUUCCUCAGCAGCUUCAUUAACCAGCUCGACCUAUUUUAUUUCUAUGUGACAUUUGUAAUGAGAUUUGACAGUCAGUGGUUACUAGCCUCUGUCCCACCGCUUAUAGUUGUGUGGUCAGCAGUUUCGCGGAGCUGUCAACUAGCCGGCACUAAUAGUUUGUUAGCUAUAUGGCUAACAUACAGCAGGGCGUUGGUUUAAAUCAUUUCUGCCAUGGACUCAUUGCUGUCUGUGUAUGUUUUUAUUAGGCUGAGUUGCUAUCAGUGAGACUGCAGAACCCCCCCUUCCCUUCCCAGUAUGGCUGCAGACCUGAUGGAGAUUGAUGACUCCCUUUACAGUCGCCAGCGAUAUGUGCUUGGAGACUGUGCUAUGCACCAGAUGGCCCGGUCAUCAGUAUUUCUCAGUGGGAUGGGAGCACUGGGGGUAGAGAUUGCAAAGAAUAUCACCCUUGCUGGUGUGAAGGCGGUUACUCUUCAUGACACUAAGCUAUGUGAGACCUGGGAUCUUGGCCUCAACUUUUUUAUCCGCAAAGAUGAUGUAUUGAGCCAGCGGAGGAGGGUAGAAGCAGUGUGUCCUCGGGUCGCAGAGUUGAACCCCUAUGUUCAGGUUGAGAUGUCUUCCUCCCCUCUUGACGAUAAUACCGAUCUCAGUUUUCUCAGAAAGUAUCAGUGUGUAAUUUUGACAGAGGUCAGUUUAAACCUGCUGAAGAGGGUAAAUGAGUUCUGCCACUCACAACAGCCUCCCAUCAGAUUCAUCUGCUGUGACUCGCACGGCAUCUGUGUUCGAGUGUUUUGUGAUUUUGGAGAGGAGUUUGAAGUGUCCGAUCCCACAGGAGAAGAACCAAAGGAGAUCUUCAUCCAAAGUAUAUCACAGGAUAAUCCUGGAGUUGUAACCUGUAUGGACAACCAGCCUCAUGGUCUACAGACGGGACAGAGUGUAAUCUUCAGAGAGGUGGUGGGCAUGGCGGAGCUCAACGCCACCGCACGACAGGUUUCAGUCAUUUCCCCUUACAGUUUUUCAAUCGGAGACACGUCACAGUUCCAACCAUAUUUGCACGGAGGGUUUUUUCUACUGGUGAAAACCCCUAAGACAUACAAAUUUGAAACUUUAGAACAACAGCUUUGUGAUCCUCAGGUCCUGAUUCCAGACUUCAGCAAACCAGAGGCUCCUCUGCAGAUCCACGCAGCCAUGGUGGCUCUGGACGCCUUUCAGGAGCAGAACUGCAGACUUCCCAACGUUGGGUGUUUACAGGAUGCUGAGCUUUUACUGAAAUUGACUGAAGAAGUCAACGCGACUUUAAAGAACAAGGCUCCUGUGAAUGCUGAGCUGGUGCGAUGCCUGUCCAGAACAGCCAAAGGAACCCUCCCACCCUUAGCUGCUGCCGUAGGAGGAAUAGCCAGUCAGGAAGUUCUCAAGGCCAUCACAGGGAAGUUUGCACCCCUGCAGCAAUGGUUUUACCUUGACACCAUUGAAGUAGUCAGGCCUCUUCAGGCCCUCUCUGUGGAGGAGUUCAUCCCCAGAGGCGACCGAUACGAUGCCUUACGCGCUUGCAUCGGAGAAUCGAUGUGCCGAGACCUGCAAGCGCUCAAGGUUUUCAUGGUCGGCUGUGGUGCAAUAGGCUGCGAGAUGCUGAAAAACUUUGCCCUGCUCGGGGUGGGACUGUCCAAGAGCUCAGGAGAGGUGUGCAUCACAGACCCAGACCUCAUAGAGAAGUCCAACCUCAACCGGCAGUUUCUCUUCAGGCCCCACCACAUCCAGAAGCCAAAAAGCACCACAGCAGCCGACGCCACACACGACAUCAACCCCGACCUGCAGAUCGACGCCCGCCUGCACAAGGUGUGCCCGGCCACCGAGAGCGUCUACAGCGACGCCUUCUACACCUCGCAGGGCGUGGUGGUCACUGCUCUGGACAACGUGGAGGCGCGCCGCUACGUGGACAGCCGCUGCGUGUCCAAUCAGAGACCUCUUCUGGACUCUGGCACCAUGGGAACUAAAGGACACACAGAGAUCAUUGUGCCGAACUUGACAGAGUCCUACAAUAGCCAUCGGGACCCCCCAGAAGAGGAGAUCCCAUUCUGCACUCUCAAGUCGUUCCCGUCUGUUAUAGAGCACACCAUCCAGUGGGCCAGAGACAAGUUUGAGAGUGCUUUUUUCCACAAGCCCUCCAUGUACAACUCCUUCUGGCAGAUGCACCCUUCGGCUGAGGUGGUGCUCCAGAGGAUGCAGACGGGGGAAAGCCUGGAGGGAUCAUUCCAGGUCAUUAAGCUGCUCAGCAGGCGGCCCAGCAGGUGGGAGCAGUGCGUCGCUAUGGCCCGACUGAAGUUUGAGAAGUACUUCAAGAGAAAGGCCCUACAACUACUGCACUGCUUUCCUCUGGACACAAGGUUAAAGGAUGGAAGUUUAUUUUGGCAGUCGCCAAAAAGACCUCCAGCACCCAUUGAAUUUGACCUGAAAGACUCUUUGCACUUCACCUUCAUCAUCAGUAUUGCGCGGCUCUUUGCCGGGAUUUAUAACAUCCCUUACUCAGAAAAGGAUCUCACCGAAGAGGCGGUGGCAAGCAUCCUCUCAGAUCUCAAGAUCCCGGAGUACAGACCCACAGAAAAAUGCAUAGAGACGGACGAGUCGGUGAAGAAGCCCGACCAGAUGAAGAUGCCUCUGAGCAGCGAGGAGGAGAGGGAGGCCAUCGCGCAGCUGGAGGGAGCCAUCGCCGCCGACCGGGCCUCAGCAGCGGGGCUACGGAUGAGCCCCCUCCUCUUUGAAAAGGACGACGACGACAACGGCCACAUAGACUUCGUCACGUCGGCGUCCUCCCUCAGAGCCAGGAUGUACUCCAUCCAGCCAGCCGACCGGCUAAAGACCAAACGGAUCGCCGGCAAGAUCAUCCCCGCCAUCGCCACGGCAACAGCCGCUGUGGCCGGACUGGUCUCUCUGGAGCUGAUCAAAGUGGUUGGAGGCUACGAGUUUGAGUCAUUCAAAAACUGCUUCUUUAACUUGGCCAUUCCAGUCGUCGUGCUGUCGGAAACGGCCGCCGUGAAAAGGACACCCAUCAGAAAUAACAUCUAUUUCACCAUCUGGGACUGCUGGACCAUCUUUGGCCACGAGGACUUCACUCUGUCUGACUUCAUGAAUGCAGUCAGGGAAAAGUACGGAAUCGAACCCAUUAUGGUCGUCCACGGUGUGAAGAUGCUCUAUGUGCCCGUGAUGCCUGGACACUCCAAAAGACUGAAGCUGACGAUGCAGAAGCUGAUCAAGCCAUUGGCGGACCGCCGCUACGUCGACCUCACGGUGUCGUUCGCUCCAGAGGCGGACGGCGACGAGGACCUGCCCGGCCCUCCGGUCAGGUACCACUUCAGCCCCGAAGACAAGGCGCACUGACGGCUCCCCCAGACGCCAUCUUGAAACCUCACGUGUCCUUAUGUACGAUCUUUCAUGUAAACUGUUUCAAGAAGGAAAAACAAAAAAAAAAGAAAAAGAAAAAAUAGGCCAUGGCCAAGAGUUAUCCUGCAGGAUCAUAAAGGCUCCUGGUCCCAGCACAAUCACUUCACGGAGCUAGAGUGUGGGGGGGCACAAGUGGUCCCAGAUGUUCUUGCCUGAUGGAACACAAAGGCUGCUUGAGUAGCACUUAUUAUUGUACCUCUGUACAUAUAUUUUUUUUUGUUUUCUCUGUUCUGUUUUGUACUCUGGUGAAACGCACAGCUCCGCCUGUGUUGAUGCCUUAAAAACAAUCAAUUCUAUUUUAUUUCCGUUUGUUUGUGGCUGUAAGCCUUAAAGAGGAAAAAGGAACAGUUUUCUCCCCUCAACGCGCAACCCAUCUCGCCCCUUUUUUUUUUCGAAAAUCCAUUCGUCCAAAGGAGAAAGAGGAGUGUGUGUGUGUGUGUGGAGGAUAGUCUGGCGCGUCAAACACUCUUAAGUCGGCAGCCAUCCGCUCACCUCCUUUCUCAGGAUGUCUCGAUCGAGUCUCAUCGCAACAGAUCGACACAUGGCGCGGCCGAACGGCUCAGCUGGUCCGUGGAAAGUGGCGAAACCCACCAAAGAGACUCGGCAUCACUGUGCGUGCAAACGGUCGUUCAUUUUUGCUCACGUUUCGUCAUGGAUAAAAAAAACAAAAAAAAAAACAUGCUUUUAUCACCGGAGCAGUUGCAUGUAGGAAAAGCUGUUUUUUUAAAUCACAUCGCGCCUCGUCUGAUCUGUGUCCUACUAGCAGGAGACGCCUGAACGCAGCUUACCAACUCCUUGAUUGAGUUACUGCACUGACAAAUGGAACACAUUAUGCUUUUAAAAUAAAUAAACGAAUGAGUGAAUCAUUGGGUCAAACUGGACUAAGUUAAAGACUGGUUCAAUACAAGGAGAAGCCAACAUCUGGGAUCACACUUAUCACAUCUGCUUAGUGAUGUAUGUCUGUUCUGUAUUUAUUUACAUAUGACUUUUUUAGUUUAUUUUUUUCCCCCAUCGAGCUGAGUCCGUGUGAAUGAGCUCAGUUGAGUUUCAUUGCACCGGUUAACUAAUGAAAACUAGUUAUCAUGAGCGUUAACUGAGGCAAG